AUGGCACUGGACUUGCAUACGGUCUUGGGUGCCCUCUGGCAUUCUGGUUCUAUUUCCCCUGACCUAUUGAGAGGCGUAGUCAUCCCUGUCUGGAAGGGGAAAGGGGAUUGUUGGGACUGUAGCGGCUACCGUGGCAUCGCACUACUCAAUAUACCAGGCACGGCUUUCGCCCACGUCCUUCUAAAACGGAUCCGUGACCACCUAUUAAGGCAUCAGAGACCGGAGCAGUCUGGAUUUACACCUGGAAAGUCCACAAUAGACCGUAUCCUCGCGCUUCGAGUUACUGAGGAAAGUCGUUACAAGUUGUCCUGUUCACAGCCUACGUCGACUUCAAGAAGGCAAAGUGUUGUGAAGUGUGGUGGGGGCCUGUUGAACUUCUUCCCUCUUAACUCAGGGGUGAGGCAAAACUGUGUCCUUACACCAACACUUUUUAACACUUGCUUGUACUGGAUAAUGGGCAUAGCUACUAUUCAGUCACUGUGGAACGACACUGGGCAAUAUCAAGAAUGCCCCUGA